AUGUUUGCAUGCUCGUCUCAGCUUGCCGUGCUGUCUGAUCUACAGGCAAUACACAGGGAGCUAUUUCCAAUCGAUUAUGAGGAAGUAUUCUUCAGAAAGGCAGUUGCGGGAGAAGACAGGGCUCUCCGACUUCCGGACUACACGCCAGACCGGCAGGUCAUGGGGCUCAACCCCAGGUGUCUGGACGGCGAAUGCGCCGUGUACGUCCUGACGUUAGGAGUGGUGCCGGCGUGCCGUCAGUGCGGCAUUGCACGCAGCCUGCUGGGUUUGGUACACCAGCAUGCAUCAAGACUUAGGUGCCGCGCAAUUUUCUUGCACGUGAUAUCGUACAACGACGCGGCGAUGCGGCUGUACAGCACGUCUGGUUACCAGCCCAUGGCUCGGCUGCCCAAUUUUUACCACUUGAUUACCGGCCGCCAGCCGAAUCCCGACCAGUCUUGGUACGACGCCUUUCUGUACGCGCACUUCAUCCCGCAAUGCGGACCGGAGCCCUCCCCCGCGAUGCAGUGGGCGGGCGGAGUGCUGGGCGCCGCUGUCGCCCCGCUGCGCUCCAUGCUGGGCUCCUUCAACGGCUGCAUGCCCAUGUGGUUCUGCAGGCAACAGCCGCCACUGCCGCCGAGCACCGCCGCCGGUACGGUGUGUGCGGGCGUUACCGCGGAGCAGUUCCUCAAAUGGGACCACCAGCAACAGCAGAAACAGCGGCAUCUGCAGGCGGGGCAUCAGCAGCAGCAACAGCAAUGGUGCACGAGGGCGGAGCUGCGGCAGAAUGGGGCGGUGUCAAGCCAGCACCUGGGGAGUAACGGCCAACAGUACGGCACGGGUACCAGCGGCGGCACCCACAGCCGCACCGGCGAGCACUCUCGCGCAGCAGGCCUGCGGAACGGGCACGCGGUUUGGCUUGAAACAAAAAUGCCAUAUCCAUUUGACGAGGUUCGGGACGGCAGGAGCUGGAAGGAACACUCGGACCUGUAGGACCGUACUUUGUAUGUGUUGUGCUUUACGAGGGCCUUGUGGGACUACGGAAGCGACAUAUUCAUCAUCGCGGUGGUAUCCUUUCUUUGGCACCCGGACACCCGCGUAAGCAGCUGCGAUACAUAACGAUAGGGGAUGACGGCCAAUCCGGCAUUCGAACCCCAGUCCCUCACGGCCCGGCCGUCGGGGCCCUGGAGGGGGACCUGCCUUCACAAGAUGGCCAAAUCAAGGGGACCUUUGCUACCGUAACCCAAGG